AUGCUGUUUGGCAGCGAAUCUUCUCCAUUGAACCUUGGUUUCAAGUGCUGUGACUCAGAGGGCUUCUUUCAAGGCCAGGAUCAGAUCUACAGGUCCUGUCUAAUGCUGUGGUUCAGGAAGACUGGAGAGCCCCCACUAAUAAAUGGCUGGAUUCCUUUCCUUGGCAAGGCUUUGAUUUUUAGAAAAGAUGCUUUCAAAUUCUUAUUGGAUCAGCAAAAGAAACUUGGAGACAUUUUCACUGUACAUAUUGCUGGUAGAUAUAUUACCUUUAUCAUGGACCCAUUUCAAUAUGUCUAUGUCAUCCGAAAUAGCAAGCAACUUGAAUUCCAUGAAUUUGCUAAUAAAAUGGCUUCCAAAACUUUUGACUACCCAGCCCUGUCUAAAGCCAAAUUCCCAGAUCUUAAAGAAAACCUACAUAGAAUCUACCAGUAUCUACAAGGCAAGCCUUUGGAUAUAAUUUCUGACCACAUGAUGAAAAAUCUCCAGGAUAUAUUUGAAUGGAAAUGCUCACAAGCAACAGAUUGGGAAACAGAAAAAAUGUACAAAUUCUGCUGCUCUGUAAUGUUUGAAGCCAGUUUUGUAACACUAUAUGGAAGAGUUCCUGCUGCAGAUGGCCACAAAGUUAUUAGUGAAAUCAGAGACAAAUUUAUCAAGUUUGAUGCCAGCUUUCCCUAUUUAGCUGCAAACAUACCAAUUGAGUUGCUAGGAGCUACCAAGAAGGUUCGGAAGGAGCUUAUACAUCAUUUUUCACUUCAGAACAUGACAAAAUGGCUGGGAGGGUCAGAAGUGGUCCAAGCCAGACGAGAUAUAUUUGAGAAAUAUGAGCUGCUCGGAGAUUAUGACAAAGCAGCACAUCAUUUUGCCUUCCUGUGGGCCUCUGUGGGAAACACGAUUCCAGCUACAUUCUGGGCCAUGUAUUAUCUUCUGCGGCACCCAGAAGCUCUUGCAGCGGUGCGUGACGAGAUUGACCAUUUGCUGCAGUCAACAGGUCAAAAGAGAGGGCCUACGUAUAACAUCCACCUCACCAGAGAACAAUUGGACAACCUGGUCUACCUAGAGAGUGCCCUAAACGAGAGUUUACGAAUGUGCUCGUCUUCCAUGAACAUUCGCAUCAGCCAGGAGGAUUUUGUUCUCAAGCUUGAAGGGGAUCAGGAAGUCAGUUUGAGGAGAGGAGACUGGAUAGCCCUUUACCCUCAGAUUUUGCACAUGGACCCUGAGGUCUAUGAAGAUCCUAAGGAGUAUAAGUUUGAUCGUUACAUAGAAAACGGCAAGAAGAAAACCACAUUCUACAAAGCAGGAAGAAAACUGAAAUAUUUCCUAAUGCCCUUUGGCUCUGGGAUCAGCAUGUGUCCAGGGAGGUUCCUUGCAAUGAAUGAGAUGAAGAUGUUUCUUUUCUUGCUUUUGGCUCAUUUUGAUGUAGAACUAGUGGAAAACAAAGCUGUCAGACUUGACAACAGUCGUAUGGGCCUUGGUAUCCUUCUGCCAAAUGUUGAUAUUGCCUUUCGUUACAAGCUAAGGUCCUUAAGAAAGUGAGUGGCUGCCUAUAUGCCUUCCACUAAUCUCAGUGUUUGCUCUGUUUCCUCACUCUACUUUAUAUUUUUUGGGAAUGUUUGCUUUUUCCCUCUGUUUUCAUCUCCUUCCUGUUUGUUUCUAAGGAGAAAAGCCCUUGAACUGGAGGUGAAUGUCAGAUGCUGGGACAUGCAACCUCCACCUGUCCUGCCUGAGUUCAUAGUGAGGUGAGAUGACUAGAGCUGGGCUGCAUAAAUAGCCCGGUGUGCCUCCAAGAAGGAUUCCUGAAUUCUUGGGCAUGAGUAGAGCAGGAUUUACAGGGAGGCUGACCUCAAGCUGAAUCCAGGCUGUAUAUAUGGGAAACUUGGCUCAGCAGCUGUAUCUUGGGAACCGCUUGGACUCCUUGGAAACUUGAUAAUUGAGGUACACUGCACAGAUGUCCUUUGAGCCAAAAGGCUUUGUUCCUUAACAGGGUUCCCUCUCUUUAGUUUGAGAGGUCCCAUAUACUUACCGUCUGGAUGCAUCAUCACUGCAUCUGCUCAAAGAAACAUAACAGCAAGAAAGGGGGAACUUAAAGUUCUGUAUGGGUGACAUAUUCCCCAUGUGACAUAUUCCCUGGAAGGAAAGGAUUUCUAAUAAUUAUCAUCCUAACUUUCUAUUUAUCCUGCUCUCUUCAUGGUCCUACGUGUCUUAGUCCUUAAAUAGGAGAUGCAGUGGAAGAUGGGUGGGGGGAUGAUUUUCAGGAGUGUCUUACUAGGGACACAUCUCUGGCUUCAGUGGUAUGUACUGAGGGUGAAGGCUUUGUUGUUUGUGCAAAGCAAAGAAAUUAAAAUCUGUGAUUUUUUUUCCUGUGGUCCAUUAACGUCAGAGGGGAAGUUCUAUUGAUUUUAAUGGACUCUAGAUCAAGCCUAAAUUACGUAUUUUGGCUUUUGAGCCACAAAAGUGAACUCUUCAGGGAGAAAAUAUAUGAGCCUGUUUGAAAUGAUGCUAUCAUCUCAAAAAUUACGUUCUGUUUAUCUUUAUCUUACUGUUUUACUAGUAACACGUCUGUUUGUUAGUUUCUUCUGACAAUUUCUUGUGUAUGUUAGUUUUUCCAAAAAAGCAAAAGAAUGACAGAGGUCUUUAAGGACAAGUGUGAUUUCUAAAACUAUUUUUAAUGGUGUUUUAAUGUGUCUAAGUUAUCCAUAGGCAGAGUAGUCUAGCCUCUGUUUGGAAACGGAAUUAUCUGCUUACAAAUUGGAAAGUUAUUUGCAUCAGUGGUUCCUGUUGGAGAUGACCUCUCCUAAGUCUUUAGUUCAACCUUCUUGAUGGUUUAAGAGGGGAAAAAAGACAAACAUAAAGGAAUUUGAGUUAAUUGGUGCUAAUACAGGGUUUUAGUCAUCUAAAAGCCAAAUUGCCCUCCUCUUUCACAGUGAGCUAACUUGUGAUUGACACUUUUUUCCUGGAUUUUUUAAUAUAUUUUAGAGUUAUAUUCUAAAAAGUAUUGCAUAACCUAGACAAUAAGCCUAAACGCAAGAAGAUCUAAAGUCCUAUAAUACCGAAUAACUGUCUCCACGUCAAUUGUGUUACACUUCCUAUUGAUGCUUCAUACCUUCUUCAAACAUGUUCUUCUUUGGGGCCAAAAUCUGACCAACUGAAAACCCUGGGCAGUCACAGAAUUUAGCUGUGUACUGGCUGCGCAGCCUGCUUGACUGGGUGACAAAAUCUUUUUUCAUAAAUGAAUUUCCUAGUGUGUAGGCUGUAAGAAGAUUUUUAGACCCUAUCUCUGUUCCCAGCCAUCGCUUCAGAGUCUAAUGAGAAUUCUCUUGCCUGUCCAUUCUCAAUAUGCCAAGAUGAUAAUUGUAAUGGGAGAGUAGCCAUGUCAGUGGGCUUUGUCCUGUGUUCCUAAGAAUCCUCUGGUUUGGAUGUGACAGCAAAAUGUGUGCCCACAUGGCCGGCUGCUGAGUAAUAAUGCUGUACAUGAACAAGACUUCUCCUCGUGCUCCCAAGUGUACAGUCAUCAAUCGUAGAAGUUAAACUGGAAGAUGAAUAGUUGCUGCAAGAGAAGGUUAGUUUAGCUAGCCAACCCUUAAUCUAGUCUGUGCCAGGAUUUGCAUUUCUCUAAAUAGCUAGCCAACCACAGAGGUGUUGCAGAGGUGAACAUAAAUUCACGUUUGCCCUGUAGAUGCUGAGUGAGUUGCUGGUUCAUCUGGAGCUGCAGUACCCAAAGGCAUUGGGGAAAAUUCUCAGUGCUUGUCAAACAAGUCAUUAAAAAGAUCACCUUUUCCAGGAUUGCAUUGCUUGCGCUGCUGCCUUUUUGGCAUACUGUGCAUUGGUGUUGUCAGAGACAUGGUGCUCAAAAAAAGCCCCUGGCACUCUGCUCAGUGCAAAAGACAACAGACCUCAGAAAACUUUUGCCUGACAUGUCUCUACCCAGUGGUAAUAGCUAGUUUUGAGAACGACAAGCUGAAAUUCCCUGUUCCUCAGUCUUACAUUUCUUUUAAAACGGGAAAUCUUACUAAUCUCUAAAGCACUUGAUGGCCUAUGGAUGGAAACUGCUACGUGCAUACUAAGGAUUAGAACUAUUGAUUAUUAUUUGUGUCUAAGACUGUUCAGUUAUUCGUGUAAAGCACAUUCACUAAAUAAGCGUCAGUAGAAAGGCUUUCAGAAAUUGCCACAGCUGCAUUCCAAGACCUCAGAGGAGAAAACUGUGCUUUUGUGAGAUAUGUUGGAUAAGCAUUUUCUCUUCAUAUAUAAUAUCAAUAAUGUCUCCAGUGUUGGAGUAUACUUACAUUAAAUGGGCUUUGCAGUUGAUUAAGUGCCUUAACUUUGGUUCAACAUUUAUUCAGCAGCAAAACCUGAUUAUUGCUUUGUGCCGUAGAAUAAAAAUCUGUUUUUAUAGAAAGAUUCUUAUAUUCAAGUUAGUUACUGCUGCAGUUACUCUGUAGGUAAGUACAUGAGCUAUUCUCUACUCAGCCAUAGCUCACAAUCCAGUUUGGACAUUAGAAUUUGUUUUAUUGAGAGGAAACAUUGAUAUCAUUACCCUGUUGACUGUAGUACAUUAAUUGCUUAAGUGUAAGCUGUAAAAUGUCUCAUACCACAGUUAUGAUAAAUCUUUUUUUGGCAUCCAACUUUGAAACAAACCUGAAGCAACUGUGAAAAUAACAGUAGGUAUUUGUUUUAAACAUAAGACUUUUUUUUUUGUAUUUUUAUUCUAUUUUUAGGAUUUCGAAUUAGAAUAUCACAGGCUGCUGCAUAAUUGGGUAGGACAUAAUGGGACUCUGCCAGAAGUGCAUGCAAAUCAUUAGUAAUUUCAGAUUAAUUGCUGAUCGGUUUGUAUAGUAUCUAUUUUGAAAUUAAAAGAAGAACUAGAUUAUCUCCAAACCAGCAAAUUCAGUCUGUAGGCACACAUCCAUUUAAGAAAAGUGUCAGAAGCUUUACAAGGGUUUGAAGGAAAACUCCACGAGGGCACUUAAAGGUCUUCCAUUGGGACUGGAGAGCACUCUUCACAACACAAGAGAGAAAACUGGGCUGGGGAUCGAGUUGGUUGCCUUUACUUUCCCCCCUCCCCCAGGAACCAGAUUAGUCAAACUUUCAACAAAGCAGGACCUGCACAGCUUGUCCUAGAACUGUACCCCUAGUAACCUGUGCUGCAUCAAGAACCUAAGAAAUGUCCUGGUAGAUUACUUUUCCUACCAACCAAUGCUGCCAGCAUCACUAAGUUAGGGUCUGCCUAUCUUAGCAUACUCUACCUGCAGUAGAGUAAGCCUCACUCUCCCUUAAAAGGCAUGUGUGUGAGAGCAGAAAAGAGGAAAUGGUGGGACCGGGUUUUCUUCCGGAUCAUCUACUUGGCAGCAGAGUAGGUGACUCAUUUGGAGUCAGCAGCUGCUCUGACCAGGGAUGAGUCCGUGCCGGGGGAGCAGGGAGUGAAAGGCCUGUGGUUCUGGUAUCCUGCUCCGCCAACCGAAGCAGCGCAAUGGCAUGAGCAGGCCCGUCCCUGCAGGUCCCAGCUGGAGCCAAGCUGGCUGGAACUUACUGCACAGAAGUGGAGUGCCGUGUCUGUAGGUUUGUUUCAUCACGUAGGCAGCAAUGUGAUUUUGGAUGGUGCCCUCUGAACCCAGGAGUGACAAGCUCUUUGCAUCUGUCACCAGGGCACUCAAGUGGCCAGAUCAUCUAAGUAGAGACUUUAGUGCAGUUUGCAAGCUGCCACCGCUGCUACGGGGGUGGAUUGGCAGAAGAGAGUCAGGCCUUUUGCUUCCUCGUCGCUCCUUUGAGCUUCAGAAGCGGGAGCUCCCUGCAAGCCCAGCAGUGCUGGGCUGUUUCAUUGGCAAACGGGGCAGGCGUAGCCUGUGCCGUUUCAUGGGUGAGCCUGGAGGAGGAUGGGGCUGUCCAUUGAAUUCCUCAGUUACUCCUCUAGUGAAAUGGUGCAUUAACUGAUCAGCUUUAAAAAACUUGGCUGGUCAGUACCAGCCUCUCACAGUAAGCUGUUACUACCUAUGUCUAUAAUGGUAUUUUCUUGUGCUAUUACAAAAAAAAAAAAAUUCACCUUUUUUCUGAUAUAGGAUUGCUGUGCUAAGCCAGUGCAGCCCUUUAGAGAACCUGAAAAGACAUUUUAAGUGAAUUCCGUAUGAACUAAUGUGAACGCUAAAAUGUGAUUUUUUUUUUUUAAUUUUAAUUUGCAGAUUGUAUGUGCUCCAUUUUGAUUCUGGUGUUUGAUACUGCUGUAAGCUAUUGUAAACUGUCUUUUAUCAAACUGUUAGACUACUCAAAGGAUCAUAUUAAUCUACAUGUACCUGUUCGCGACUCAGACUUCCCCAUCUGUCAGUAUGUCCUAAUGUACCAAUACAAAACCACGUAAGAGAUGUUGUUUAGCUUACAAUUUUGAGCCAGUUGCAUGUCACUGUUACCAGCAUUGAUAUUUUUAUGAGUAACUAGUGGCCUGUGAAUUUCACUUGUAGAAUUAUAAAUGAUCUUUUAUUUCUUUAUCAUUGAGCUUUCUGACAUUCAAAAGAUUGUGAAUAACUCUCUUAACUGUGCAAACUGACAUGUAUAUAGAUGAACUAUGGUUAGGUUCUCCUUUAAUAGUUAAUAUCCAUCAUUAAGGCUCUUAGUUCAAAUAAGGUAUAUUGUGAAUUUCUGAGCAAGAUUAUUGAAACUUCAAUUAUUUUAGUAAUCUAACAUCUUAAGUGAAUUUUGUAUUUCAAAGACAAAAUAAAAUUGAAUAUAUCUAUUUUAA